UUCCUGUCUCAGUACCAGAAAUUGCCUUUGCAAAAUGAGCCAGCUUCCUCCGGAGAGUCUUCUGGCAUCCCCAGUGUCAGAGGGCAUGAAUCCCAGGGUAGAGUCUUCGGACAACUUGUCAAUGGACAGUUUUUGGCUGGAAGUGGAGAACAUUAAACAGAGUGCUGAAGUGGAGCAAGAGGAAUGCAGCCUUGCAGAUGUCAAAGCACAAGAAGAGGGAGAGGCUGAAGCUGAGUGGCUCCAGGAUGCAGGUCUGUCCAACCUCCUCGGGGACUGUGGCUCUGAGCACGACAACAUCAUGCUGCUCUCCACCCUCACCAAGACUCAGGCUGCUGCUGUGCAGCGGCGGCUUGACACCUAUUCCCGAUCUCGGAGGAGGAACAAGCAUCCUGUGCGUGAUGUCAGAGACAUUUUUGGAGUGGUCAGCUCAGAGGUGACAGCGACAGAGAAAAAGGAAUCCAGGCCAGAUCAGCUGUGGCACAAUCAACAGACUUCAAAUGUACACAGAACAGAAACGCAGGAGUACUCCUGCACAGUUCGAAACCCUGGAAAAGAGGAGAUGUUCAACAUGGAUGUUGCCUACUCAGAGCAAGCAGCUGUCCUGCUGAAGGGAUCGUUCCUGUCUGAAUCUACAAAGUUAAAGGACGGCAAUGCCCUAACUAAAUUUAAGAUCCCCAAGGGCAGACUUGGAGUGACCAGGAUAGGAGAUCUGUCUGCUCAGGACAUGAAGAAGAUCCCCACGCUGGCCCUUAUAGAACUAACAGCUCUUUGUGAUAUCCUGGGCUUUGAGCUGAAGAGAAACAAAGCAGCAAAGCUGAAAACAACAGAGAAAAGACUCUUUGGAGUUCCACUCAACACCCUAUUGGAAAAUGACCAAAAACUGCUCCCCAACACCAAGGUUCCUCUGUUACUCCAGGCACUGCUGUCCUGCUUGGAAAAGAGAGGACUUGAAACAGAGGGCAUUUUGAGAGUUUCUGGGUCCCAGACGAGGAUCAAGAGUCUGGAACAGAAGCUAGAAAGGGACUUCUAUACUGGCCUUUUCCGCUGGGAUGAAGUGCACCAGAAUGAUGUGUCUGGGCUACUGAAAAGAUUCAUAAGGGAGCUGCCAGCCCCACUGCUGACAGCAGAGUACCUCCCUGCUUUUGCUGCUGUACAAAAUAUUCCAGAUCUGAAGCAAAGAUUGCAAGCUCUAAACCUUCUGAUCCUGAUUCUUCCAGAGCCCAACAGAAACACUCUAAAGGCUCUACUUGAGUUCCUCAGCAAAGUGGUUGCCAGGGAGAACAGCAACAAAAUGAAUCUGUGGAAUGUUUCCACAGUCAUGGCCCCAAACCUCUUCAUGCACAAGGGACUGCCAAACAAGAUCCCUGAAGGGAAAGAGAAGCAGCUGGCUGAGGGAGCUGCUGAUGUCGUGCGGAUGAUGAUCCAUUACCAGGAUUUGCUUUGGACAGUCUCCUCUUUCCUGGUAGCUCAAGUGAGAAAGCUGAACGAGAGCAAUAGCAAAAGGUACCAGUUCCUUGACAAGCGAAUUAAACAUUUGUUGAGGAAGGUUCAUGCUGAUAAGGACAAGGUGGAAAAGAACCAGGCAGAGAUUUUUAAACAGAUGCUACAACCAGAUAUAUCUGAAUAUCAAAUCUGAGACAAGAACCUUGGUGUCAUUCUACCUUUUCCUUUGGUUGCCACUGUUGGUUAAGUAAGGUAGGUCUGUAGAUUGCUUCACGCAGUGCUGGAUUUUAACUAUUGCAUAGCAGUGGUGCUGCAAUUGGGAUACUCUAGGGACACAAGCCAGAUGGAGUCUACAGGUGGAAUUAAUACAUUGAAAGCUUAAAUCUGAAUGGAACUGGAUGAUCUCUAAGGACUGUUCCAACCCAAACCAUUCUAUAAUACCUGAAGAGCCAGUGCACAAGCCAGUAUAACACCCACCUUUCUGUACGAGUUGGGAUACUGAGAUGACAUCUGCCUAAAAUUUGGCUUGUCAAGGCAGCAUGUCACUGUGGAAGGAGCUGUCAUUUCAGAGAGUGUAACUGCUGUUCAGGCAGUCAAACAGAUGAUCGAUGCUUAGGACUGGUUAGCACUGGUCCCACAGUUUCAAUCUUGUACAGUGGUUUUGCAGAGGAUUUGGGGCUGCAAAAUUAAUUUGCUGCAGAUUAGACCCCAUUAAAACAGUUUAAUGUUUCAUAGAAUCUUAGAAUGGUUUGGGUUGGAAGGGAGCUUAAA